GAUUCCAUGAAAAUUUUGCUUUUGUGUCCGCUCCGCAAUCUCCUGCUGUCCACGUUUCACUGUCCCCUUUUUCCUUAUCUCCUAUUCAUUGUUCUGCUCUUUUCCCUUUAGUGAUAACCAUAGAGCCUAGACUCUCAGAAACAGAAGAUCAUAUACAUAAACACUCACACACAGAGAGAUCACAGCCUGCUUGCACCUUAAUUAUGGCAUUUGCAGGAACAACCCAGAAGUGCAUGGCUUGUGACAAAACAGUUUAUCUGGUUGAUAAGUUGACUGCGGAUAACCGAGUGUACCACAAAGCUUGCUUCAGAUGCCACCACUGCAAAGGAACUCUUAAGCUUAGCAACUAUAACUCUUUUGAGGGAGUUCUUUACUGCAAGCCACAUUUUGACCAACUCUUCAAAAGAACUGGUAGCCUUGACAAAAGCUUCGAAGGGACACCAAAGAUUGCUAAACCAGAAAAAACCAGCGAUAUUGAGAAACCUGCAGCAACCAAAGUCUCAAGUAUGUUUGGGGGAACCAGAGAUAAAUGUGCUGGUUGUCAGAAAACAGUCUAUCCAACUGAAAAGGUUACUGUGAAUGGAACUCCUUAUCACAAGAGUUGUUUCAAAUGCACUCAUGGAGGGUGUGUUAUCAGUCCCUCCAAUUACAUUGCACACGAGGGCAAACUCUACUGCAAACACCACCAUAUCCAACUGAUCAAGGAGAAGGGCAAUUUAAGCCAGCUUGAAGGUGAUCAUGAGAAGAGUGCAAUGCAUGAGAAAAUCAAUGGUGAAGUAGUUGCAGCUGAUACAUGAAAUGCUUGAGUUUGACAUAAGAGUCUGAGAAUAUUCCCUCCCUUUAGUUUCAUAUUUUUGCACCAUAUGUUUAUGCUCUCUCUCCUGCUUUACCAUCACUUGGAGUCCAAAAAGCUCUUACUUUGCUCGUGACAAAUGUGGUCCUUUUUCUUUCUUUCUUUCUUUUUUUUUUUUCCUGGUUGCGGUGUGUGGAUCUCCAUCAUUUGUUUUCUGUUGUUGUGAGGUU